AUGAUCACAAGAUCUUCGAUGUGCAUGGACAGUGUCCCCAGUUUGUGCCUGGCUCAUUUGUUUUACCUUGGAAAUGAUGGCGCAACUAAUGGAGAAAAACAAAACAAGCUCCAUCUGCUGAGCCAACGGCAAGAGAAUGGUAGUGAUAUGAGGCACCUGCUAGUUUGUCCACAACAGACAUGGCAUACCAGCAAUCUCCCCCAGUCAAUAAAGAGUAGUGACAAGUUCAAAAGACAGGAAACUCCUACUUACAGCCUGAAGCUGACAGUAGCAUUGGUCGAGUUCAUCCAACUGGCACUAGAGGUGAAACCCCUCAACUUGGGCCAAGGAUUCCCUGACUUUGCAGCUCCAGACACUGUCCGAAAGGCUCUUGCUGAAGCCUGCACAGAUGAGAAGAAUGUCUUGCUUAAUCAAUACACGCGUGGUUUUGGUCACCCAAGGUUGAUUGCAGCCUUAUCCAAACUCUACUCCAAGCUGAUUGGUAGGGAGCUUAACCCACUAAGUGAAGUGCUUGUUACUGCUGGGGCGUAUGAGGCCCUCUUUGUUACCAUUAUGGGUCUAGUAAAUCAAGGUGAUGAGGUCAUCAUCAUCGAACCAUUCUUUGACUGCUACGUUCCACAGGUGAAGCUAGCAGGUGGCACUCCAGUGUUUGUACCUCUCCGUCCAAGGAAGCCGAGCGGAACGAUGUCUUCUGCAGAUUGGAUACUGGACCCUGCAGAGCUGGAGGCAGCAUUCAGUGAGAAAACUAAAGCAAUUGUUGUCAACACUCCAAAUAAUCCUCUUGGAAAGGUAAAACACAAGAGGCAAUUUUCACCUCAGUCGAGCAAUAAUAAAAACCAUGGAGAAAUUCAAAUCUACUUGAGUGGAAACUGUAAUGCCCGCGCUGUUGGCAUGUUACUUACUCCGGCGACUGUGGCACCAGGUGUUGCUUAUAAUUUUAAUACUUUCCACUGUAAUGAAUCCCAGUAUUCCUAG